CACCCCAGGCGCCCCGGUGGCGCGGAGGGGCCGCUGUGCAAAGUCGGAGGGAGCUGCUGAGACCGAGACCCGGGAGCGCGGCGGAGCGGGGCUGCCCGUGGCGGUGGAGGCGCGCGGCGGGCACAGGCUCUGCGGGUCCGGGAGACCCCCUCGGGCGACCCAGAGGAGACCGACUGGGGCUGGAGAAAUGGGCCCCGUGCGGCAAGUGUGACCCUCAAGUCCAGCCCGCCAGCCCGACGCCUGGCCGGGAGGACAGCGCCAUGGCUGGAGUCGUGGAGCAGAAGAGCGGGCUGGUGCAUGGCAAGCUCGGCGAGGCCAGCAAGAGGAAUGGCCUGAUCAACACCAGAAGCCUCGUGGCCGAGAGCAGGGAUGGCCUGGUGUCCGUGUACCCGGCGCCCCAGUACCAGAGCUGCCGGGUGGUGGGCAGCAUGGCACCGGCCACCCCGGACGGCAGCAGGAACGAGCCAGUCCAGCAGCUGCUGGACCCCAACACCCUCCAGCAGUCGGUGGAGUCCCGCUACCGGCCCAACAUCAUUCUCUACUCAGAGGGCAUGCUGCGCCCCUGGGGGGACGGGGUGGCAGCCGACUGCUGUGAGACCACCUUCAUCGAGGACCGGUCGCCCGCCAAGGAGAGCUUGGAAUACCCUGAUGGCAAGUUCAUCGACCUCUCGCCCGAAGACAUCAAGAUCCACACGCUCUCCUACGACGUGGAGGAGGAGGAGGAGUUCCAGGAGCUGGAGAGCGACUACUCCAGCGACACGGAGAGCGAGGACAACUUCCUGGUGAUGCCCCCGCGGGACCACCUGGGCCUCAGCGUCUUCUCCAUGCUCUGCUGCUUCUGGCCCCUGGGCAUCGCCGCCUUCUACCUGUCCCACGAGACGAACAAAGCCGUGGCCAAGGGGGACUUUCACCAGGCCAGCACCAGCUCCCGGCGGGCCCUCUUCCUGGCCGUGCUCUCCAUCACCAUCGGGACCGGCAUCUACGUGGGCGUGGCCGUGGCCCUCAUCGCCUACCUCUCCAAAAGCAACCACCUAUGAGCCUCCCCGGGCGCACAAAGAGCCUGGGCCAGUUGUGUGCGGGUGCAGAGAAGCGGGGCCGGCAAGAGUGGACACCCAGGUAGAGACACACCUGUGUGAUGCUGUACAGCGUAAGUCAUCGCCAACGACGCCCCACAGCCCUGGGAUCUUCCGCCCGUGGAUUCCUUUUGUUUCCACCCUUUCAUAUCGUUUUCACAGCACUGUGUAGAGCAUGGGACAGAUGGGCACUGCUAACCCUCCCAAAUGGAAGCUCCAAAGAUCCCGACUCUCGGGGCUGUCCCUGGACGGAUUCUGGUGGAUGAACGACGGUGCCCGUGCCUGGAAUGCUGUAGCGCUAGCGACCGACAAACAGGAACAUGUGUUUGUGUCCAUGGAAUAUGGUGCGAUGGGCAGAGGGCAGGGGACACGUGCUUUUCUGUCUGCGGCCCCACCUGACUCCUCGGGCACCGCCCCCCAGUCCAAGCAUCUUCCCCGCAGGAAGGAGGUAGGCUGCGCAGCUGCUGGCAGGACCCCCGGCUGUCACGGGUCUUCAGACGGGUCCAGCCCUGAGAAUGCAAAGCCAGAAUAGUCCCCAGGCCCCAAGCGUCCCUCUCUCCACGCUGUCCCCGGCCUAGGAACACCGGGCCUCCUCUGGGAUGUGUCCGAACUCCGCAGCCACCACGCAGCAAUAUGCAAUCCUGGGGCCUCGUUGAUCUGGGCCCUCCCCAGACUCCUCCCAGAAGAACCCAGGUUUGCGCCAGGAACUCCAGGCCAAGGAGCCACGGAUGCCCCCUCAGUGUAAGGACGCGGGGAGAGGCUUCUACCCGCCUGCGCUGACACGCACCUUGGUGUUGACAGUGACACUAGUGAUCUUACAGAGGACACGAACCUUCUCUGUCGACUAAAUGAAUAGCUAUUUUCUUGUCAUUUUUUUAAGCGCAACUAUUGCUUCAUGCUGCUUCGUUAUCAGAUGAAUGCUGAGAAAUACAUAAUCACAGACA